CUCGACGGCUAGAUAACUCACUGUCUGGCCCCGAGCCAAUAAGCACAGGAGGCCUGGUUGAUUGGUAAGAUAACUAAUAGUCCCACAUUGCUUAGCACAUGCUACGUAGUAAUGUGCCUGUCUUUUUUCUUCUCGACCUUCCCUUGUGUUCCAUACGGGAAUUGCAAGGGGUGGCUUAUAAGAAGUCGACAUUCCUCCGGCGCUUUUUAACAGCCCGGUCGAUUCCUGCGACGAUGCACGCGCGCCAGGAAACCUCUCCCACCUUCAUCACCGGGUCUCAGGGCUGGCUGGCUGGGCGAUGGCUUCUUCCCAAAUUUCCCCUGCUGUGUUUCGGCAGAGAGACAAGCCGUCUGCACCCAAAGCUGGAGAGAAUGACGACGCCGUUUCCGAGCGUGCCUUUGUCGGACGAGGAGAGGGGGGAGAAGACGUGAGCAUCGUCGAGGAGUCUGCCGAGGACCGCCAGACACUCGAACGGCGCCUUAGGCGCAAGGUCGACUUGCGCCUCUGCACCAUCGCCGGCAUACUCUGCUCGUUAAAUUUGCUAGAUAGCGGCGUCAUCAGCUCCGCUUCGGUGACGUCCAUGCCGUCCGACCUGGACCUGACGGGCAAUCGGUUCAGCGUCAGCAUCUUCAUCUUCACUAUCUCGAGCAUCGCAUUCCAGCUGCCUUCGACGCUCGCCGUGCGCGCCUUUGGUCCGCGCCUGUGGUUCUCCUUCAUCACCUUCUGCUUCGGUCUCAUCACCAUGUGCACCGCCUUCAUCCAGACCUGGCGGCAGAUGAUUGCCCUACGCGUGCUUCUCGGCAUGGCCAUGAGUGGUAUCUACCCGGGCCUGACGUACUUGAUAUCGACCUGGUACCUGAGAGAAGAACAACAGACGCGCUUCGCCUUCCUCCAAAGCGGCGAAGUUAUUAUUCUUGCCACCGGCGGCAUCGUCAACUACGGACUCAACCAGUUGGAUGGCAGGGGCGGGAUCGCCGGCUGGCGGUACAUGUUCCUCGUCCAGGGACUGAUCUCGAUGGUCAUCGGGCUAGCGACGUACUUCUGGAUCGUCGAUUUCCCCGAAGAAGCCCAUCGGUCCUUCUACUUCCUCACGCCAGAAGAGCAGGAGCUCGCCGUCGCCAGAAUCCACGCGGACCGCAAGGACGUCGAGCCGGAUCCGUUUACCUGGGCUAAGGUCUUCGUGCAUGCCAAAGACCCCAAGGUAUACGGCUUUGCGUGCAUGUUCUUCCUGCUGAACCUCGUCUCUACCGCGUUAUCGUACUUCCUACCCAUCAUCUUGCAGAGCGGCAUGGGCUUCAGCGAGAACCAGUCGAUCCUGCUGUCCGCGCCGCCGUACUACUACGCCGUGAUCCCGGUGCUCCUGUCGUCCAUCGUCGGCGACAAGUACCGGCUGCGGGGGCCCGUGAUCGCCUUCAACUGCGCGACGCUGAUCGCCGGCUUCUGCAUGCUCGGUUUCUCGGGACAGGUCGUCGUGCGGUACGUGGGCACGUUCCUAGCGACGGGCGCGUACGUAAGCAACUGGGCCGCGCUGAGCGCGUACCAGGCCAACAACGUCGCGGGUCAGUGGAAGCGCGCCUUCACAGCCGCCGCCGUCACCGCUAUGAAUGGCGCCGGCGGCAUCGCCGGCAGCUUCAUCGUCCGCUCCCAGGAGGCGCCUCGCUACGCGACCGCCGUCUGGGUCUCCAUCGGCUCGCACAUCCUCAUCGUCGCCCUCGUCGCCGCAUUCUCCGUAUACUUCUAUUUCUCGAACAAGUUAGCGGCCUCGGGGAAGAUACUGCUCGAGCGCGUCGAAGGCUUCAGGUACACGUACUAGACGGCAGUCUGCCACUCUGUUUCCAGUCCCUGUGCCACCCCGCCCCUAACCCCGUCCGACCGGACACGCGAAUAUAGCCUUUCG